AUGGCGCAUGACGUGGGGAUGGUUGUAAUACAAUAUCGCCUGGGUCCCCUUGGAUUCCUUUCACUAGACACGGAAGAAAUUCCCGGAAAUGCCGGCAUGGCUGAUCAGGUCGAAGCGUUGCGUUGGGUCCAGAAAUUCAUCAAAUAUUUUGGUGGAGACAAAGACAAAGUCACUAUCGUGGGAGAAAGUGCCGGUGCAGCCUGUGUGGGUUUCCUACUUCUUGCUCCCCAAUCAAAAGAAGAAGGCCUUUUUAGGAACGCCAUUGCCGAAUCCGGCUCAAUGCUUGCUGAUUGGGCUGUAGACCGUAAUUCAACUAAACACGGAUAUACUAACGACACUUUAAACGGCGGGUUGGGUUUUGGAGGACAAUCUCCUAUAAUUCAGACCGCCGGAAAAGUUCGUUAUUUGACAGACGAGCCAAGAAAGUUGAUCGAAAGUGGGAAUUACCACACGGAAGCUCAUUUAAUGUUUGGCGCUAAUGAAGGUGAAGGUAUCAUGGCUUUAGACAUGACGCUGAACUUGUACAUCCGACCGAACGAUCUUGAAAAUGACACGAAUUUUUGGAAAUAUGACGCCGUGAGAGUUGUUAUGGGAGCUUUGGGUAUCCGCGACGACACUGGAGCUUUGUCAGAUGCUCUGACCACCAAAUAUCUCGGAUAUGCCGUUGAUUCUUGUCAGAUGGGAAAUUUCACCGUCAUGAUUCCAGGACUAGUUGAUAUUGCAGGUACCUUGUUCUUGAAAGCCGGGGGUUGGCAAACUGUAUUGCUGCAUACCAAAUAUAAUCCUCACGCUUAUUGGUACUCGUUUGACUUUCUCGGUAAAGUUAGCUUGAUUGGAGCCGAUGAAAUCCUUCCCCGUGGUGUGAUGCACGCUGACGAAAUCAUGUACCUAUUCACCAUGCCCAUUCCUCACAACGAAACCGAAAAAGAGCUUGGUAAAAAAAUGAUUGAAGUGUGA